CGCAGCUGCUUUUCCAGUACGGCAAAAAGUCGUCACAGAGUGGCUUAGAUGGCGUACUCCACUGGCACUAUCGCAAAGGGCUGUUUUGGGAAGGUGUACAAGGAGAAAUACAAUGAUACCUGGGCUGCUAUAAAGAGGGUCCCCCAACAGCUCAUCAGUAGGAAAGACCUGGAGAGAGAGUGUAAAGUGUAUAACAAAGCUAACCAUCCCAACAUAGUGAAGCUUCUUGGCGACAUAAGUCUCAAAGACGGAAAAUGGAUUAUUCCUCUAGAGUUUAUCUUCGGAGAAGACUUAGAGACAACCAUCUUUAAAGCAUCACAGUCUAAAAUACAGCUGACACCGUCUGUUAAAGGCACUAUCAUCAUUGGCAUGUGUGAAGGGCUGUGUCACCUCCACUCCAGAGAUAUUGUCCAUCAAGACCUCAAGCCUGAAAACAUCAUGGUGGAGCAUAACACAAACAGAGCAGUCAUCAUUGACCUGGGACUGGCUAAGUUCUUCCGUUUUGGUCUCAACUCUGCAGUGGACAUGGGAAAUGAGGCCUACUCAGCCCCUGAGGUGCUGCAGAGAGGCAGCCAGAGGGACCAGCGCUCAGACGUGUGGGCCAUGGGUAAGAUCAUUGCUGAGCUUUGUGCCCGGAUUCGGCUGUAUACACCAAGUGUCUGCCCUGCCAAGAUCAAGGACAUCCUGAAGGAGUCACCAUACUGCCAAGCCAUAUGUAGGAUGGUGGAUCCUGACCCUACUCUGAGGGCCUCCAUGGGUGGGGUCAUGAGUGAGAUACAAAGGGCAGGGGGUGCAGGCAUCGUCACCAAUGCACCUGCUCAGAAAGUGCACCUCAAGCCACCUUCAUCUAAUACAAAUGUCAGAAAUCAGUCUCCGUCACCUGGGAACAGAGGUGCAUCUCCAAUGAACAGAGAUCCAUUGCCAAUGAACAGGGCCCCGCCAGCUUUUAAUAGGGAUUUAUCACCAAUGAACAGGGCUCGAUCCCCUUUUAAAAGGGAUCCCUCACCCAUGAACAGAGCUCCAUCACCAUUUAACAGAGAUCCAGCGCAAAACAACAUCUCUCCAUCGCCACUGCAAUGGGAGCGCUCACCCAGACCAGAGUUCAAAGCUGUGCGUGCACAAGCCAUAAAGCACAACUCUCCUUCUCCUCAGAGGACAGAGGACAAGAACAAAAACCAUGCUCUGGUGCCAAAAUGCGGAUCUGAUCUCACACAAGACUUCAUGAAAAUGAGGUUGUACCAAGAGGCUGCCAAGGACCUGCCCUGCAACCUGCCCACAACAGGGAGGGUGGUUGUACGCCGCUUUGUGGAGAAAGACGGGGAAGUUGGAACAUGGGAGCAAAAGGAGGUGGUGACUCGUGAUGGGCGGAUAGUCAAGUUUGAUGACGUCAAGUUUAAUAGCAAGUAAGAAUCAGAGUUUUGGGACCUUGUCUCCUCCAAAUGGAUUGCAUGUGCUGGUUGAAUGAUUAAUUCUGGGUCACCCUACUUUGUGUAUCUUCUUAGGAGAGCAUGUAUUCAAUGAGUAAAGAGUGUACUGCUAUCAACGGGAUACAGUCAGCUCUGUAUCAUAAAACUGUGGGUAGUAUGUGUAAAUGAACUGUGGUGAACUUCCCUUUAUCUUACCUGCUCAUAUACCUCAUGCUGAGGAUUUUUGCUGGCCGUUGCUCAAACAAGACAUUGUUCAUUUAUUUUCAUAUGCCUGCCAUCACACACACCGAGGGUGCAUUUGUAAAUCCAACGCACUUAAACGAGAAUGCUGUUGUUCAAAGAAACAGAGCGUUCUAUUUCUGCAUGAAUGAACAAACCAUUAAAUGAAUUACACAUUCACUUCACUUGGUGCUCUGCUGUUCUGAAAGUGUGGUGAUUUGAAUGAACCAAACAGUAUAUUCCAACAGUCCUCCAAAUUUAAUAAUAUCUAGUUUGCACCAAGUUUUCCAAAUGCAGCAGAUUGAGAGCGGUCAACCUCCAUCUCUCUCCCCCUCUCUCUCUAUCUCUCUUUCUAUGAACCAAGAUUCAUUGACUUUAUUGCCUAGUUGUUGGAAAAAAAAAUGUCUUUAGAAAUGUAUGUUAGUGCACUGUAAUAAAAGGCUAUAAUAAAAGAAUCUGUGGAAAAAAACAUUAGUUUUUCUCACACAUGAAAAUGGAUUUGAAACCCAAUGCAAACUUAGAAAUACAGCGUGGCAGUCUGAAGCAGUAACAAGAGGACAUCUUGAAACGGCUUAAGUUACGCUGUAAUGUGAUAUUCAUUCAUGUCAUUCAAGCCUACUUGCCAAGAGAAAAAUACAUCUGCAGGCAUGAACGAUAAUCUGUGAAUGUUUUUCAGCUUUUGAAUUCAUAAGACUGUGAACAUGGCUCAUACAUUAUGUUUAUGUUUAUAAAUAAAUUCUGAAUUUUCAGUUGCAGGAA